AAGAAAGACAAGAAGCUGCUAGGAUGGCUAUUGCUAGAUGGUGGUAUGAUGCUAAUGUGCCUUUCCAUGCUGCACGAUCAAAAUAUUAUUUCCCAAUGUGGGAUGCUAUCACAUCUAUGGGACCAGGUUUUAAGGGACCAAGUUAUCAGGAUUUGAGGGGUCCUCUCUUAAAAUGUGCAGUAAAGGAGGUUAAUGAAUGGCUUUUAUCCUUAAAGUCAACAUGGAGUACUAAUGGUUGUUCAAUUAUGGCCGAUGGAUGGACAAAUCAAAGACAACAACCAAUAAUCAAUUUUCUUGUUUAUUGUCCUAGAGGAAGUAUGUUUUUGAAGUCCAUUGACACUUCUGGUUUGACAAACGAUGCUGAAACAUUGGAGAGAAUGUUUGAUGAAAUGGUGAAAGAAGUAGGAGUGGAGAAUGUUGUACAAUUUAUAACAGACAAUGACGCCUCAUACAAAGCUGCUGGGAAAAGGUUGGAAGCAAAGUACAGCACAUUUUUUUGGUCUCCUUGUGCUGCCCAUUAUAUUGACUUGAUGUUAGAAAAUUUUUCUAAUGCAAGAUACUUUCCUGUGAUUAAUACUACUAUAGGAAAGGCAAGAAAAGUCAUAAAGUUCAUAUAUAAUCAUUCAUGGGUGCUAGCAUUAAUGAGGAGAGACUACACAAAUGGGAGAGAUUUGUGUCGUCCUGUUGUUACGAGAUUUGCUACUCACUUUUUGAGCAUCCAAUGUUUGUUGAAAUUUAAGAAGGAACUUAGACAAAUGUUUACAAGUGAUGCAUGGGUUGGUUCUCGGUAUGUAAGAAGCAAUGUUGGGAAAGAAAUAUGUGAAAUUAUCUUGGAAGAUAAAGAAUUUUGGUCUAAUUGCAUAGUAGUUGUCAAAAUCAGUGAACCUUUGGUGAGAGUGCUUCGACUUGUGGAUAAUGAAGAGAAGCCAAGCAUGGGCUACUUGUAUGAGGCAAUUGAUAAGGCAAAGGAGACAAUAAAAAAGAAUUUUAAUAAUAGGUUGUCUCACUACAUGCCUUACAUUAAUGUGAUUGAUGCUAGAUUGGAUAAGCAACUUUAUAGCCCAUUACAUGCAGCUGGUUGCUUUCUUAAUCCAGGUAUCUACUUUAAACCUAGCUUCAACAAACAAACUACUGUUACGAGAGGUUUGCUUAAUACUUUAACAACAUUGAUACCGGAUGAAGAUAAGCAAGAUCUCAUUAGUUCACAACUUGAGGAGUACAAAAAAGCUACAGGGACCUUUGGCAUGAGUUUGGCUAUUCGUCAGAAAGAAAAGUUAAAUCCAGGUAAUUUUCUUUCAUCUUAGCUCUCUUUUCAUUUUGUUUAAAAAGUUUUUAUUUUACUUAUUUCAAUGCACAUUGUAUUUUAUUGUUUUUAUAGUUGCAUGGUGGGAUUAAUUUGGAACGGAUGCACCCAAAUUGCAAAAGUUUGCAAUUAGAGUGCUUAGCCAAUGCACAAGUGCAACUGGAUGUGAAAGGAAUUGGAGUGCUUUUGAUUUUAUUCAUUCUAAGAGAAGCAACAGGCUAGAGCAUGAAAGGUUGAAUGCCCUUGUGUUUGUUCGUUAUAAUUUGAAGCUUCGAGAAAGGUAUAAUAUCUUUAAACUAUUAUAAUUGCUUUUAAAUUUAUUUAUUUAUUUUUUUUUUGCAUAUACUUUAUGCAUGUUUAUGUUUUAUAUAGAAAUCAAACAAAUGUUAGUUG